AUGGAUUUUCUGCGAGCAAGCACGUUGAGCAGCAAGUCUCAAGCUGUUGAUCGCAGAAGUGGCAGGCCGGGGCCAAGAUGCCGGGAUGGCGCAGCCGGGGAGCUUGAGCGGAAGAAGCAUGGACCGUCCACCACCAUCAUCAUUACCACCACCGCCGGGCAGAGUUGCGAGAAGAGGAAGAAAGAAGUCGCUCGGGAGCGGCUGAGAAGGUUCGCAGAGCAGCUCAACCGCCAACCCGCUAACCCGUUAAGGGAAAAGCCCUUCUCCCCAGCCCACCUGCUGAGUCAGCCAUCAAACCCCGCCUCAGCCCACCAUGUUUGUUAG